AUGGAAGCUUGUAUUCAAUCAUUACCUAGCACACCUUAUCGUUCUGCUAGAAGCAGAUCCUAUCAAACAACAUAUCAACGACAAUUUUCUUCCUUGAAAAGAUCAUUGACGAUUGACGAAGGUGUUCCAAGUGGUCAACAAUUUUUGAUUGGUUGUCCUUAUCAAUUAAAUGAUCCAGUAGGUGUAUCAUCAUAUACAGUAGAUUAUCCACAUCAAAAGGAUACUCAACCAGAAUCAAUUAUUCGUCCAAAUACGCCUCGAGCUCAUCGACCUCAUCCUAAUCCGCAAUUCACUCAUUGGCCUCGUCGCCCGGUAACAGUUUCUUCGGUUGUGUCCGAAGAAACAAAACAAGCAUUGAGAAAUCAAUUGAAUUCAACAUAUCAAACAGAUUAUAUUGGUUCUCCUCAAGGAUUUCCUCUACCAUUGGCUUACAAUCGAUCACGUCCAUUUUGGCGUAAUCGAGGCCAUCAUACUCUUGAUAGUGAAUAUCGUAGUUCUUAUGAGCAACCUCUUCGAACAACAUCAACAGUAACAACAACACUUUUUCCUGGACGCUAUAGAUUUAGUUGUCGAAUUCCAGCUGACGCAGUUGUUCCUCUUACAUUGCCUAUGUGGAGAAACAAAUCUUCAAAAUCAACAUACAAAAGAGAAAUUAGUGAAAAGGCUCCAUCUCAACUUUAUAUGAAAGAUUUCGUUGAUUCUCUCAGUGGGCCUAUGGAUCAAUAA